AUGCGCUCGAAGUUCAAGGACGAGCACCCCUUCGAGAAGCGCAAGGCAGAGGCCGAGCGUAUUCGCCAGAAGUACGCUGACCGGAUUCCAGUUAUCUGCGAGAAGGUCGAGAAAUCGGACAUUGCAACCAUCGAUAAGAAGAAGUAUCUUGUUCCUGCAGAUCUCACUGUCGGCCAGUUUGUCUAUGUGAUCCGCAAGCGCAUCAAGCUCUCCCCGGAAAAGGCCAUCUUCAUCUUCGUCGAUGAGGUUCUGCCACCGACCGCCGCAUUGAUGAGCAGCAUCUAUGAGGAGCACAAGGAUGAAGAUGGUUUCCUGUACAUCACAUACUCUGGCGAGAACACAUUCGGCGACUUUUGA